AUGCUUAUUCAAAGUGUCGAAUGGCGGGGUUGUUGUCCGUCGCAGGAGGUGGACGACAUGGCGGCGCGGAAGCCCAACCGCUACGUGGACACGCGCGGCCAGUUCCUGCGCUACGACCGCCACGUGCUGCGCUUCUGCGGCUACUGGGACAACCGCGACCAGCCCUACGGCCUCAUGCACCACCUGGCGCUCCACUACUUCCUCGCCGACGACACCAUCGAGAUCACGGAGAUCAUCCCGCCCAACUCGGGCCGCGACGCCAAGGCCAUGCUGCUCCGGCGCUGCCGCCUGCCCAAGAUGAACCGGGAUCUCCCCGGCCCGGGCAACGCCAGCCUCUACACGGUGCUCAAUGUGAUGCCCACUGGCUUCCUAAGCGGGCGCUUCAUAGCGGAUCCCCUUAACAUGGGCCUGGAGAAGAUCGAAUUUUACAAGGACAGAGACCUGGCGAUUGGGGCUUCAAUUAACUGUUUUGAGGACUUCACGCCGGCGCCCAAGCCGUACGAGGCGCCCGAGUGCGUGCCGUACCAGCUGCCGCCGCUGCCGCCCUACAACGGCUGGGGCUCGUACGAGGACUCGGCGGGCAACUGCCGCAAGAUGAUCCCCGACCGCCCCAAGAUCGACUUCGUCAAGUUCUUCGAGAAGGACAAGUGAGACACGCGCGCCGCGCCGCUGCUUCGCGCCGCUCCAAACGACCCUCGAGAUCUCGAAACUCGCUAACCGUCUUCUCUCACACACGCAGACAGGGCAUGAACAGCCACU